AUGCUGAUAGCCAGUCUCUGCCUUAAGGCAGCUCUCGUCCUUUUCACCUUCUUGGCUCAGCUUCCCCUUCCAAAAAGCUUCUGCAUUCGCUGUGUGCAGACAAUCAGCGACAGCGUUCCCCGGCCCCUCAUCCUCGCGUCCGAUAGCGUUCCCCGGUCUCUCGACAAUGUUCCCCCGUCUUUUAUUCUUGUGUCCGAAGGCGUUAAUAAGUACGAUUCUAUAUUUCUCCCAUCACCAAGCUCGACAACGGUACGAAGGGAGACGCUGCCAACGUACGGUUCCACCUAUUCCACUGAACUCGAAAUGAAGGCACUUUCGACCGUUGUCUUGUCUCCUCUCGCUUCAAGCACCUCAUCUGCUGUGCCGCUUUUCGGUGUACAGCAUCUAUGUCUCGCUGCCGUGGUUAUAACCCUCUUUGCAGCACUUUUGUGGUUUCUAUGGAUCAACCAGUGGGCGAUGGAAGGGGUUGAAGAAAUUACAAGGGAUAUCAAAGUAGAUCACGAGAUGGUGGUGGCAUUCGAAGGACACAUAUUAGAAUUGUGCGAACAAAUGUGUGAUGCGAAGAUGAGGGUUCAACUCGCCACUCUCAUGAGGACUAUGAACUUUCGAUUUAGAGCAUACGAGAAUAUGCACCAGUUUCCUGCGCCUGCCAACCCAUUUACUUCCACUCCCUCGCCAAAUGGGUUUCCUCAGAAUGCUUUUGGUGCUGGCGCUCCUCAGCAACCUUUUUUCGGUUUUAGUGGCACUCCUAACCCAUUUUCAUCUGGUAUCCCUCAAAAUGCGCCCGCUUCUGGCUUCCCUCAGAGUCCCUUUGGAUCCCGAGCCCCCCAAAACGCGUUCGGUCCCAGUCCCUCUCAAGGUCCAUUCAGCGCCAGUACUCAGACGGCAUUCGACGUUGGUACCCCUCAACCUGCGUUCUCCUCUGGCAUUUUACAGCAAGCUUUAUCUUCUGGUGCCCCUGAGGCAACGUCUACCACAUCCGAAUUUGAACUAACGGGAGGCGGCGCUGACCCAAACGCCAGCAACGACAGUGCAUUCGCUAUAAUACCCUGGAGGCCCCGCAUUAAAGUGUCAAGAAAUGGCAACGCAUCGAGAUCGGACGUUAAUGAUCACGUCGCGCCUACAAUGGUAGACCUUACUUACAUACUCAAUCUCGAUGUUAGCGUCUGUGAGCCGCAUUCCGAAGGACCUUCUCCGCGUGUAGAUGUCCCACAUGCAGACGACGCUCGGCCUAAUGACGGCAAUUCCUCGGUCGACCCUCUUCGGUCUGUGAGCGAUGAACUGGGUGCCCUUCUUCAAUAUCAUGUCCACUCUCAUCUCAGCGGCAUGUUUUCUGAGGCCGCUUCUCAUUCCGAGUCGGCGCAAGGCGGCGUUGUUAUUUCUGAUGGAGCGCAUGGUCAGCCCGAAGAUGCCAGCGUUGUUUCCCUUGGUAAUUCUUCGGCACGACAUAUGCCAUCUACACCUAAUGUGUCGCAGGUAGAGACUCGCGAUGUGUCUUCUUCCAUCGCCUCUCCAUCAGGCCCGCAUCCAUCUAAAUCUCAACUUCGUUACGUCAUCAAGCUCACCCGUCCCGUCAUAGUUCCCCGGUUGUCAUCUAGGCUUGCAACUCCCGUCCUCGUCUACUGCACUUGCUCUGCAGCCUCAGACGGGAAAGAGAUUCAUACAAAGGGGUGUUCACAAGGAGUAGGACCUCAAGCAGGCGAUUUCUCGUCUCCCCCGGUGACAUGUAAUGUCCUACGCAAAAGUGAUGUCGUCGUCGCUGCCCCCGUAAAUGAAAAGUGCGCGCCAGGUUCUCAAAUCAUGCCUACACCAUCUGCGGGCCCGUCCAAAGUAGAUGCCGACAAGGAUAUUGGACCGUUGGUUUUCGAGGGUAGCCCAAGGCUAACGACGAGCCCGGAGAUGAUCGACUAUGGGAAUGACGAUGAGCACAGGAAAGGUCAUCGUUUUUUGCCUCUUCCGAUAGAUGCGGUGCGUUCACGAAUCGACGUCCGUGUUGCCUCAGCACCUGCCGGAAAUGUAGAACAUAGAAGGCGGCAGAGGAAUAGGCGGAACGAUCGCAACUUGAGGAAUGCUCCUAAUCCUGAUGGCGCAACCUCCCGGUUCGUCCCGAGGACCCCAGGAUACCCGCAGAAGGUGUUUCCGGCAAGAGGUCACCUCGAUCUACACGGUUGUCGCAAUAAUGCGUUGAGGGAGGCACUCAGAGAGAUUCCGGCUGAGGUGCCCGCUGCGAUGCCGGCCUUCUACCACAACCCUUCGGCACAUCCCCAAUCUUCGAUCAUCAGCCAGUAUGCGCGAACCGGCGCUCCGUUCAACUCUUUCACUCCCCAAGCUGCAUUCGCUCCGGUAGUUCCACAGGCAGCAGAUUCCUAUCGGUCAUACCAGUCCCCCAGCUAUGGUCCACCAGGUUAUACACAUCAUGUCCCAGUCACUCCUGGUUACAGUCCAACUGCUAGCGUGGCGCAGCAUCUGCCACCGAACGGGCAUUUUGGAUAUCCUGUCAACACCGCAUCAGUGCCUAUGAUGCCCCCCCAACAGCCUAUUUCCAAUCCACAACAAGACCAAGAAACCUAUCGACGCAUGAUGGGCGCACCGCAGACACAGCCUGUCACCCAUCAUCACCCAGGGCCUUAUAUGCCAAUGCCGCCAUACUACUCACACAUGGUUGUUCCUGCACCAUACAGGCCAGUUGAUACACACAGCUCAUCGUCCAGUCCCAUCGGGCAGUAUGCAAUUUCAUCCGAUCUCGGCGUAGACCUGAAUGACGAUUCGACGUCUCCACUGCGGCGAACCAAAUCACCUUCGGCCCUAUCGGCACUAGCGACGCCCUUUCACCCCUCCACCUACACUCUCCCUAUUUCUGAUGAUGCGGAUGUUGAUGAUGACGCGUGCCCUGCCAUUCACGUAGAGCCCGCGUCAGUCGAUGAGGAAGAGAUGCUGGCCGCGGAUGUCCACCGUCUGCCGAAGCCUGAUUUCAAUGAUUCACCCAAGGCGGCAGAUUCUGUCUCGACUACAGUGGAGUCUACAGAAGGUUUGUCUCUGCUGAUUGACUCCGUCCGAGCGUCGUCGUCCUCCCCUGCCUUGGCUGUUCGGGAAGAUGAUGCUCUUGCGGAAGGCGAUCACCCUCAGUCCCCUCUAUCUGGGCUAGCAGAAUCCAUGCACGCACCCUCUUCGCGUUCCGGUUUAGCCGCGUCCAUGCACGCGCCCAAGAGCCCUGCCACAUCGGACCACGCCCUGCGUACCCCGGCUCGGACGUAUCCCGAGAGUACGCAUCGCAGGGGCGGAAAGAGAUGGAAAGGAAAGGCGGUAGAUCGCGGCCCGGGAAAUGUGUCCAACGGAACGAAGGACCAGCAGCCAACGGGUGUGCAGGCCUCACGAUGGGCCCACUGA